UCUGUCAAACAGCGAGAUUGCGCACUCUGUGUAAAAAGUGGUUUGUUUUGCGAACAUCGAGUGUUUAUUAUUCAGUGAGGUUUUCUAGUUUUUCUUUAUUUUGUAUAUUAAAAUGUAGAAAUAGCCGAAACAAUGUGGCCAAAAAUUGCUAUCGGGGUGGUUGCCUUCAAGAUUAUGUGUAGUGUCGUUAACGCUUCCAGUUCCACUAACGACAGAAUUCAGUCCUUACCGUACUGCCCCAACAAAAACGGUUCUGGGGCACUACUAGUAAGUACUUUAGAUGGAAAACUUUCCUCUAUAAAUUCAUCUGGACAUUUAUCAUGGGAGAUUGAAACAGGCCCUGGUCCACUAUUAGUUUCUAAUAUCCAUAAACUUGAGCUCACUAAUAAUGGAGAAUGGAUACGAAUCAUACCAUCACUAACUGGCACAUUAUAUAAGUUCGAUGGAAAUACAAUUGAUCCUAUUUCGAUUUCCGCAGAGACUUUACUUAGAUCCUCGUUCAGAUAUUCUGAUGACCUUGUUAUUGCCGGGGGUAUUGAGGUUCGUACUUAUGGAGUCGGUUUUCAAUCUGGGAAGCUAUUAUAUGAAUGUUCCCAAAGCAAAUGCUCAAAUCAUCAAAGGGAAGAAAUGGAUGACGUGGUCGUAAUUGAACGAAGUACUCAAAUUAUUCGAGCAGUUGAACCUAGAACCGGCCACGAGAGAUGGAACUUCAGUGUAGGCCUUCACAAUGUCAAGUUGCCCCAAGUGUCUUGUAUAGACACAAAGCUAUUCGAUUCAAAUGUUAGUGCUGUUAUUCCCGAAGGCCUUCUCUUAGUUUCUUCAAAGAGAAAUAAUCUUGAAGAACACAUCUGGCAAUAUAAGUUCCAUUCACCUAUAGUCAGAGUGUGGAAAUGGGAUGGUAUGCACCUGAAUGAAGUUAACUUAUUUGAACCCAGAAAUAUGCCUGGUCUUAUUACACAGUCUACCAUAUUGCCAUCAAUAUAUAUCGGAAUGCAUAAGAAGCAGUUAUACAUUCACGAGUCUCAUCAAAUGCAGCAUGUAUUACAAGAACGACAUAAUACAGACCUAGUACCUGCUGAAAGCAACAGUAUUACAAAAAUUCCGUGGAAACCAAUUUCUGCAUCUUCACAAUCGACAGAAGACGAUUCUACUGCAUUAUCUGUCUUGAACAAUUCUGAAUACGUUAAUGGAAAUGGUUAUUAUUUAUAUUCUGAGCAUGCUCUCGAAGAGAAGAACUCCGCUCACUGUCCGCAAAAUCAGAGUAAUCUUAUUGAAUCUGUAAUUAUUACAGAAGAGAGCAGCUAUUCCAACGUAUUUCUUUUCCUGCGCAGUUACACCCGAUACUACAAAGAAUGUCUGCUGAUGCUUUUAACACUUGUUGUAAGCCCCUUUUUGGUCCGACUUUGGAACAAGCGUCCUUUCAAAAACCAAGAAGUAGUAAUAUUGGAUACUAUGGUUGAGAAUCCUGUUGAAACCACCAUAAUUGACGUGCCAAAUGUAACUCGACCUGAGAGACAAAUUUCUGAAAGGAGCUCUGAAGGAUUCAGUUCGAGAUUUAUGGAUGAUUUUACGUUGAUUCAGUGUCUAGGAAAAGGCGGGUUUGGAGUGGUAUUUCAAGUUAAGCAAAAGUAUGAUGAUUGUGAUUAUGCCAUAAAAAGGAUUACACUACCAAAUGAAGAAAAAUCGAGAAAUAUGGUAAUGAGAGAAGUGAAAGCCUUAGCAAAGCUAGACCAUAAGAAUAUUAUAAGAUAUUUUUCUUCUUGGGUCGAGCAUCCUCCACAGGGCUGGGAACAAGAACAUGAUAAAAACUGGAUCGAAGCUUCAUAUUCCGGUAUAGCAACCUCAACCGAAUCAACUACUACUUCUCCGCAAAAGCGAAUGAAGUCAUGUUCCGUGAGCAUUGAUAUACCUUUAAUGAAAGUCGAAGAGCCCAGUUUUGACAGUGACCGUGACAACUCCAGCGGGGACGAAUCUUUUGUAGUGUUCGAGAGUGAUGAGUCAGUUAAAGCAGCUGAUGACACGAAAAUAUCACUUAAAGAUGAUGAUUCUUUUAUUGUUUUCGCUGAUGAAAGUAAUGAAAAUUCUGCAAAUAGCAGCAAUAAUACUAUUUCAGUCGAUGAUAAUAGUACUGCAAGCAAAACUGGUGAAGCAAGAGAAGACUCACGUUUUUCAUCAAGUCAUACCGAAAAGAAAAUAAAUUGGAAAAGGCCUGGACGGAAACACCAUUCCUUGGAUUUGACACAGACUAACCCAAUUCUAAUUAGGCAAAAAGAACCGCCGAUGUAUUUAUACAUUCAAAUGCAACUUUGCCGAAAAGAGAGUCUGAAAGAAUGGCUUACCCUACAUACAAAUCGAAAUUACGGAGAUAUGUUGCUGAUUUUUUUGCAAAUUUUAGAUGCAGUAGAAUAUGUUCAUUUGAGAAAGCUGAUUCAUCGGGAUCUAAAGCCAAGCAAUAUAUUUUUCUCAUUAGAUGGGCAAAUUAAGGUGGGAGAUUUUGGACUCGUAAAAGAUAUUGAAAGCUCUUUUGAUUUGGAGUUAAGUAGAAUAUCUGGCGCUGCUUCUUAUAGAGGUCAUACAAAAGAAGUUGGGACCACUUUAUAUAUGAGUCCCGAACAAUCUAAUGGUAGAAUAUAUGAUUAUAAAGUUGAUAUAUACUCGCUGGGUAUUAUAUUGUUUGAAUUAUUGGUGCCAUUUACAACUGAUAUGGAACGAAUUAAAACCUUAACAGACAUCAAAGUCAAAAAGUUUCCCUAUGGGUUUGAAGAUAAAUACCCUUCAGAGUUUGCGCUCUUGCAGAACAUGCUAGACAUAGAUCCCAAUAAAAGACUAACAACUAUUGGAAUCAGAGCAAGAAAUCCAUUCGCUCAAAAUGAUAAUGUUAUAACAGAUGACCAACAUUUUAGUAUUAAAAAAUUCCAUAAAAACUGAAUUGUUAACUCAACUUUUACCUUUGUUUUGUUCUAAAGGUGAUGUUGAGGCAACAGAUUUAACAGGUUAAAUAUCCGUUUUUUUAUGUGGAUAAUAAUUUCACUAACUGAUUUUGUUUUUUGCUCAAAUGCGACAAUGUUUAUUUUUUUCGUGGAAAAUGUGAUUCCUAAUUAAUAAUAGUAACUAUUCUUAUGUAGUUAGUGGUCUAUUGCAAAGUACACUAUUUCUAAUGCCUAUUAUUUUAAGUGUUCAUUUGACUGUUUAAGUAGUAUAAGGCAAUUUGCAAAAUGUGAUACUGGAGGUAAGGCUUCAUUUCCUCUAAGUGUUUAAUCUAGUUUACACUUUUAUUAUAUGUAUCCUCAUACCAAGUUGUCUUACCCCAAUUUAUUACAUAAAGAAAAGCUACUUUUUAAA